CGGCGGAGGGCGGGGAGGGCGCGUGGAGCCGCGGACACGCACACGGACACGGACACGCACACGCAGCGCGGCCCCGCAGCGCGGCUCUGCGGCCAAACCCCGCCAACAAAGACCCCUCCGCCCCCCUCGCCGCCGCCCCCCGCGGGAUGUAGCCGGGCCGGGAGCCCCAGCGAGGCAGCGGCCCCGCCGCUCCGUGCCCCGCAGCGAGGCCGGGAGGCGGCGGGCUCAGAGGCGCUGCCGCCACCAUGGGCAAAUCCAACAGCAAGUUGAAGCCUGAAGUUGUGGAAGAGCUGACCAGGAAAACGUACUUCACAGAGAAGGAGGUGCAGCAGUGGUACAAGGGCUUUAUCAAGGACUGUCCCAGCGGGCAGCUCGAUGCCGCCGGCUUCCAGAAGAUCUACAAGCAGUUCUUCCCCUUCGGCGACCCAACCAAAUUUGCCACCUUUGUUUUCAAUGUCUUCGAUGAGAACAAAGACGGGAGGAUUGAGUUUUCGGAGUUCAUCCAGGCGCUGUCGGUCACCUCCCGGGGGACGCUGGACGAGAAGCUGAGGUGGGCGUUUAAGCUGUACGACUUGGACAACGACGGGUACAUCACGAGGAACGAGAUGCUGGACAUUGUGGAUGCCAUUUAUCAGAUGGUGGGAAACACAGUGGAGCUUCCUGAGGAGGAGAACACGCCAGAGAAGAGGGUGGAUCGGAUUUUUGCCAUGAUGGACAAGAAUGCAGACGGGAAGCUGACGCUGCAGGAGUUCCAGGAGGGCUCCAAGGCCGACCCCUCCAUCGUGCAGGCUCUCUCCCUCUACGAUGGGCUCGUAUAGUCCCGGGGCCGAGCGGCGAUGCCUGGGGGAAGAUGCUCUCCGUGCCAUCCGACCACCGCCGUGCGAAGCUUGCCUGUCCCUCCCGGCCUCCCUUCCUGCCCUGCGAGCAAGGAGUGCCCUCAAAGCGCGAGCUCACCCCCUCUCCGCCCUCUGAACCAGCCGCUGCCCUUCGCCAAACCCCGCUUUUCCCACCCAGCCCCGCGCCAGACCCCGGUCUGAGCGGCAGCGAACGUCCAGGACCUCGGGGCCGGGGGGCGCAGGCAGAGCCCCCUCGGCCUCCUCGCCCCUUCCCUCCCUUUUUCCUUCCCUCCGGAUGGGACUGCGGCUGUGCCGGCGGGGAGCCGGCCGCAGAGGAGCCCCAAGGUAGCGGGGUGCGCCCGGGGUGUGCCCGGGGUGUGCCCGGGGUGUGCCCGGGGAGCCGAGGCACCGACGGCGGUUGGGAGCAGAGUCCUGGCGUCGCCCACGACGCCGCUGGCAGCCCGGCUCGGCUCACUAGGGAUAUAUAUUAUUUUAUUUUUUUUUUUUUUUUUGGGGG